ACAAUAACUGCUAUUAUAAGAAAUUAAAGAUGUGUAGCUUAAAUGUUUCAUUGCUUAGUAUAUAUACAGAAAGUGCCUUAACUGCAAUUAAUGAGGGAAACCAAACAGUUAACUAUUAUGGAUUUGGAUUUUAGACAUUAGACUAUCUUGAAUGUGUAGAAUUCAAAAAUGACAACAAUGAUUUUGCAAGAAAUCUAGAACUUUUUAGCAAGAAAUCUAGAACUUUUUAGCAAAAAAAAAAAAAAAAUCUAGAACUUUUCUUAUUUUGUUACUUGUCCUUGCUAAACUUUUAAAUAAAAUUUAAAACCAUUAGGAAUUUUUUGAACAGGUUUAUAUUUCAAUAAAUGAAAAAAAUAAACAAAGGAAAGAAUAAAUCUGUGUAUAGUACCAACGCUGUAAACUUGUUAUAAACCUGAAAUAACCCCACCAUGGUGCAUAUGUUAUUUUGAUGUUCCAACUCAGACGUUUUAUACGUGUUAGGAUGGCGAAAUAUUCUAAACUAACAAAUUUGGUCACCUCCAAGAUUAUCUGGCUUUUUAACCCUAGUCUCUAGCAAUAAUCAUAUUUAGAAUUUAAUAUUUCUAUUCAAAUUGUAUAACGUUACCAAACACUUAUAAAAUACUGUAUUUAAAAAAAAAAAUAUAUAAACUAAAAGCAGUGAUAGAAUAUAUAAUCAAUUCAAAGUCUCAAUGGGUAAAUGUCUUAUUUUCUACUAGUAUUUUACUAUUUUUACACUCUUUUGUUUUAUUUUAUUGUUUUCAUUAGUGAAAAGAAAGAAUGUUUAAAUUUUAAAUGAAAAGAAUAUUGAUUCGUUGAGAUAGUAGCAGACAAAGACCAAACAGUUGAAUAAAAGAAAAAACAGAGUAUCCGAAAAUGAUGUUGAGGCACUCUGCCCAAAGUUUCUUCUUCUUCCUCUUUACUCUGUUAUGUCUCUUUCUCGUGACCCCCCCAAAUGUAAAUUUCUCGCACGAAUUCUGUUACCAAAAAAAAGCUGCUCACUCUUUUCUUCACUCCCUCUCUUUCUUUUUCUUCUGCCGAAACUUCCAAUAUCCAUUCAUAAAGACCCUUUUAAACCUUUACAAUCCAGAAAGUGGUUUAUUUUAAGUAAAAAUGAGACUGGAGAGUAGUUUCAAGGCGUUGAAUCAGUACCGGAAGAAGAUGUUCAGGAGAGUAAAGGAGGCGGUGAUGAAGACGAAGAAGAAGAAGAAACAGACUAUGUUUCAGUAUGAUCCAUCUAGUUACGCCUUGAACUUCGACGAUGGAGGAGAGGUUCCUCAAAGAUUCUCCGGCGACUUUAAACACUGCAAGAUCACUUUGAUUUACGUUGUCUCUGUCAAAUUUUGAGAAUUUUCUCUUUCUUUCUUUUCACAUUCGGUUACAGUUUUGAAGCAGUCCACACUUGUUUCAGUGUCUCCCUCUCUCUCUCUGUCAUUUCUUGUUUUUUUUUUUCAGUGUAAGACUAUUUUACUAAAAACUUGAAUCCUUUGUUUACAUGUUACUCUAGAAAUGAUUUAUUUAUGAAGCAUUUUUGUUACUAAUCCUUGCGCCAAUGCUAACGUAGACACCGUGAUUACUUGUUGAACACUUUGAAAAAGAACGAAAAAAAAUUGUUAUUCAAGAUCAUGAAACACUUUUUUUGGUACUUAGCUACUCUGUAUUUCUUCCACCAUUUUGAAUUUUUUAUAAACAACUAAAUAUGGGGUGUAUAAAGACUAACUGUAAAAAUUAUGGGAAACAAUGAUUCUGAUAGGGUUAGACAAUGACUAAAUGCUACUACAAUUAGUUUAGCUCUUUGUGUUUAAAUCACCUGGAAUAUGGAUUUGUGUUUAUUGCCUAAUAUGUUUGGAGUCCAUAAACCACAUACUAGUUGAAAGAGAAGCACAUUUGACUCUAUUCUAUAAUGAAUGUUAAAUUUUUGGGACAUUUUUUUGCAGCUAUCUAUCUGGUUAGCUGAGAGAUAUACAAGCAAGACAGAGCUUGGGAAGUACAUUAAAGAAAAGUGAGAUAAGUAGACAAAGAAGCAACUUUUAUGGUUCGUUGGUCAAACACCCAACAAACUCGAAAAUCAAUUUUCAAUAGCCCCUUUCACAAGUAGCUUUCUAGGAACCGUACUCGUGUUGGAGAAUAAGAGCCAAACAAGUAACCAACAUUGAGAACACAACCCAUUUCUUGUUUACUGUUUACCAAGUGGUCCAAUAUUUUCAUCAGCAAGCAAACCAGUGUAUAUUCAUAAAUGCAAUGCCCCAUAAACUUCAUCUCAAUCGAUUUAUAGACAAUGAAUCAAUGGUUGAAAUAUCUACUGAAAUGGAGAAAGUUGAGGUUGCUUUUGUAUAACGAGUGAAGUUCACCAUUAUAUAAAAAACAGUGUGAUUGACAUGUAUAUCAAUCUCUAGUCUUAGUUGACACAAAUACAUUGUCUAUAGAUAAAAUAUUACUAUACACAACAUUACAUCAUCAAUAAAUAGAGUCUCAAACCAAAUAUAUUCAAUCCUGAGUUUUGUCUCCACCACAUCUAUCAUUCAACCAACUAACAAUAUCGUUACGAACAAUCUCAGUGUUGUCAUCAGGUUCACCAAACAACAUCGGAUGCAUCAUCCCUUCAUAAAUCUUCAACGUCUUGUCUUUACUCUUGGCAUCUUCGUAUAAUCUUCAGGAUCAGUCACAGCAUCUGCAGUUCCAUGUAACACAAUGAAAGAAAUGCUCACAUCUUUUAGCUUCUUCCCCAAGUAAUCCGUAACCCUAAGUAGUUCCAUCACUGUACCUAACCUUGAUUGCUCACUGUACCUCAUCGGAUUCCUGGUGGCGGUCGGUUUCUUCUCUUCCCCUUUGAUCGUCUUCUCCAACAGAUCGUCUGUCGAGGAAGGAGAAGGAAGCCAUGAACGAGUGAAGACUAGAGGUUGAUUCCACGAGGGGAAGUGAAGAAAGAUUUGGAGCCGAUCAUGCCUCUGAGAUUAAAGUAGUCUUCCUCUGAAGU